AUGUCGACCGAACGCCGCGAACGCAGACCCUCCGUCGGAGCUCCCAUUGCCGACCUCCAGGGUCCUGUUGGGCCUGGCUUCAGUCGUCCCAAGCAUAAGCGUACGUUCACGGGCUUUGGUCCCGCGGAGAUCAAGAAUGUCGAAGCUAGCAUCCCGGAGCCGUUGCGAGAGGCAUGGCGCAAACAUUCUGCCAAGGAGUUCACGAACAAGGAGGAGUUCGAGAAAGAGCUCGUCCGUCACAUCGAAACCACGCUCGCCCGAUCUCUCUACAAUUGCGAUGAGCUGGCCGCCUACUCGGGAACCGCGCUCGCGUUUCGGGAUCGUCUGAUCAUCGAAUGGAACAAGACUCAACAGCGCCAGACAUUUACCGACCAGAAGCGGGUCUACUACCUCUCCCUUGAGUUCCUGAUGGGCCGCGCCCUCGACAAUGCUAUGCUCAAUGUUGGCAUGAAAGAUGCUGCCCGUGAGGGCCUCAGAGAUCUUGGAUUCCGCAUUGAAGAUGUCAUCAGCCAGGAACACGAUGCGGCACUGGGCAACGGUGGCCUCGGCCGUUUGGCUGCCUGUUUCCUUGACAGCUUGGCCACCCUGAACUACCCAGCCUGGGGAUACGGACUGCGCUACCGCUACGGUAUUUUCAAGCAGGAAAUUGUCAAUGGAUACCAGAUGGAGAUUCCGGACUACUGGCUUGACAACAACCCUUGGGAAUUCCCCCGUCAUGAAAUCACUGUCGACAUCCAGUUCUAUGGCUCCGUGAAGAAAUACCAGGAUGAAAAUGGCAAAAUUGGUCACUCUUGGGAGGAUGGAGAGAUUGUCCAAGCUGUGGCAUACGAUGUGCCGAUUCCUGGCUAUGGCACCAAGACUACCAACAACCUCCGCCUGUGGUCUAGCAAGGCAAGCAGCGGGGAGUUCGACUUCCAGAAAUUCAACGCUGGAGACUAUGAGAGUGCCGUCGCAGACCAGCAGAACGCAGAGACCAUCUCUGCGGUCCUGUAUCCCAACGAUAACUUGGAGCGAGGAAAGGAACUCCGACUGAAGCAGCAGUACUUCUGGUGCGCUGCGUCGCUGUACGAUAUCGUACGCCGUUUCAAGAAGACCAAGAGAGCUUGGAGCGAGUUCCCCGACCAAGUGGCUAUCCAGCUGAAUGACACCCACCCCACCCUUGCCAUCGUGGAAAUGCAACGAAUUCUCAUUGAUAUCGAGGGCCUUGAAUGGGAUGAGGCCUGGGGUAUCGUGACCAAGACCUUCGGGUACACCAACCAUACGGUUCUGCCCGAGGCAUUGGAGAAGUGGUCUGUCCCACUGAUGCAGAACCUGCUUCCCCGACACCUGCAGAUCAUCUACGAUAUCAAUCUGUUCUUCUUGCAGUCCGUGGAAAAGCGCUUCCCCAACGACCGAGACAUGCUUGCACGGGUCUCGAUUAUUGAAGAAUCCCACCCCAAGAUGGUGCGGAUGGCAUACCUGGCCAUUAUUGGUUCUCACAAGGUGAACGGUGUCGCCGAGCUACACUCCGACCUUCUCAAGACGACUCUUUUCAAGGAUUUUGUCGAGAUCUACGGACCCGACCGCUUCACCAAUGUCACUAAUGGAGUCACUCCCCGUCGCUGGCUGCACCAGGCUAACCCGGCUCUCUCGAGCCUUAUCGCGCAAAAGCUCGGAGGUCACGAGUUCUUGACUGAUCUCACUCUUCUGGACAAACUGGAGGCAUUUGUCGAUGACAAGGAGUUCCGACGCGAGUGGGCGGAGAUCAAGACCAAAAACAAGCUUCGACUGGCGAAGCUCAUCAAGGAUACAACUGGAUACUCUGUGAACCCUGAGUCUCUGUUUGAUGUGCAGGUGAAGCGUAUUCACGAGUACAAGCGACAGCAGCUCAACAUCUUCGGAGUGAUCCAUCGCUACCUGAAGAUCAAGGGAAUGUCAAACGAGGAGCGCAAGAAGGUUAUCCCUCGAGUUUCGAUCUUUGGCGGCAAAGCAGCUCCGGGCUACUGGAUGGCCAAGUCCAUCAUCCACCUUAUCAACAAGGUGGCAGCUGUGGUGAACAACGACACCGACGUCGGUGAUCUUCUCAAGGUCAUCUUCAUAGAGGAUUACAACGUGAGCAAGGCCGAGAUCAUCUGCCCGGCUUCGGAUAUUAGCGAACACAUUUCCACCGCUGGUACCGAGGGCAGUGGUACGAGUAACAUGAAGUUCGUGAUGAAUGGCGGUUUGAUCAUCGGAACAUGCGACGGAGCAAACAUCGAAAUCACUCGCGAGAUUGGCGACCAGAACAUCUUCCUCUUCGGCAACCUGGCCGAAGACGUGGAAGAUCUCCGCCAUCGCCAUUUCUACGGUGAUUUCCAGCUCGACCCAGCCCUGGCCAAGGUCUUCAAAGCUAUCAAGGACAACAUGUUCGGUGACGCCGGGGACUUCGCCGCUUUGAUGGCUUCCAUCGAGGAGCAUGGAGACUACUAUCUCGUGUCCGAUGACUUCCACUCCUACGUGACCACGCACGAGAUGGUCGACGAGGCGUUCUUGAACAAGGAGGAGUGGCUGGCCAAGUCGAUCACCAGUGUUGCUCGGAUGGGGUUCUUCUCGACUGACCGGGUGAUCAACGAGUAUGCCGACAGUAUCUGGAAUGUUGAGCCGCUGGCCGUGAAGGAUUGA